CCGUGGCGAGCCUGUUGAUGUGGGUAUUGACAGUUGGUUGAGGCUGAGAGAGAUAAACUCAGUGAUCGUUAAAAACAGAGCGAGAGAAAUGGCAGCCAUCCGUAAGAAGCUGGUGAUCGUCGGCGAUGGUGCAUGCGGUAAAACGUGUCUCCUCAUCGUCUUCAGUAAGGACCAGUUCCCCGAGGUGUACGUCCCCACCGUCUUCGAAAACUACGUGGCCGACAUCGAAGUGGACAGCAAACAGGUGGAGCUGGCGCUGUGGGACACGGCCGGGCAGGAGGAUUACGACCGCCUGCGCCCCCUCUCUUACCCCGACACCGACGUCAUACUCAUGUGCUUCUCCAUCGACAGUCCUGACAGCCUCGAGAACAUCCCGGAGAAAUGGACCCCCGAGGUGAAACACUUCUGCCCCAACGUCCCCAUCAUCCUGGUGGGUAACAAGAAGGAUCUGCGUAACGAUGAGCACACCCGCCGCGAACUGGCCAAGAUGAAGCAGGAGCCGGUGAAGGCGGAGGAGGGGCGCGACAUGGCCAACCGGAUCUACGCCUUCGGCUACAUGGAGUGUUCGGCCAAGACGAAGGACGGUGUGAGGGAGGUGUUCGAGAUGGCCACCAGGGCGGCGCUGCAGGCCCGAAAAGGCAAAAAAGGCUCCAAAUGCCUCCUACUGUAAAAGCACCGGGACUCUGUUGCUUGUAUUGCUGGGCGGGAGGGGCCACACAUAGACCCCGACCCUGUCCACCCCCCCUUUUUUUUUUUGCCUGAUAACGACUGCGCUCGUCGGCAAAGCGCUUUUUAAAUUGUUAACGUCUUUUUAAGCGAAGCGAAUAGUAACGGAAGUUUUUUCUUUGUUUUUUGUCAGUAUUUAAAGAGGCAGACGCGGAGCUGCGCAGUUCUAUCAUAUCCUCUACGUAUGUGUCGUUUUUCCACUCCGUCGGCGGGCGGAGUCGUCCGAACCGUGUCUUUAUUAAACCACGUGCUCGUGUCGGUGAGGUGUUUUUCACUGUGAUGCCUAAAUCACGUUUAUUUCUCAUUCCAAUCACAAAUAUGCAAUGAAGACGAUUAAACAACGACAAACAGAUGAUCAGGACCAACGUGCAAUACAGAAGAGACACGCCGACUGUCUGUCUGUCCGCCUGUCUGUCUGUGAGUCUGUGUGUUUUCAGGAAUGCACACGCUUGGACGAGACUUGAACCUUUUUUUUGUUUGUUUCUUUGGUUUUUCUUCCUUUUAAAAACAAGCAGAAACCUGAUUCUGUAUCUUUGUGUAUUAAAGAAAAACUUUUUAAGAA